AUACAUAUAUGUGUGUAUGUAUGUAUAUAUUUUGAUUCCGCUCAUUGUCCUCAGAAACUACAAGCCAGUAACUGGUAGCUCAGCUGGGUAAAUUUUACUCGGUUGACUCAGUCUUGUCCUGCCCGUUCACAGUUAAUGUCUGUGGGUGAUUGUGGUGGGUCUGUUGGUGUCAGUUGAUGUCCAUCAGACAGUGGAUACAGUUUACUCGAGUAUCUACUUAUUAUAAUUAGUAUAAUUAUUUAUCUCCUGGUACUAAAUCACAAUACGUGACAUCAAGCUCUUUAUUAAUAUUUAUAUCCAUUGAUAACCCAGUGUUUAUUGUAAUCGAAACUUUAUGGCUUCAGAAGAUUGCAAUACAAAGAAACAAAAAAUGAGUAACUCAUCCGGAAGGUUGUCAAUAACAUCAUCGUCGAACAACACGAUUGCAACACCAAGUCCAUCAAUAGUACAUCGCGAAAUGGGAUUCUACUGUUUUGAUGUUCUUUAUCGUCAAUUGAAUCAACUUGACCCACCAAAAACACCUAAUUUCAGCAAUGAGCCAUUCCCAAUAUUUGUCACCUGGAUGAUUGGAAGGGACAUGCGUCUACGUGGAUGCAUUGGUACGUUUAAUGCACUGCAAUUGCACUCUGGUCUCCAUGAGUAUGCGGCUACGAGUGCGUUUAAGGACUCGAGAUUUAAUCCAAUAACUCGUGAAGAAUUACCUCGCUUGCAUGUGAGUGUAUCAAUUUUGCUAAACUUUGAAGACGGUUCUGAUUACUUAGAUUGGGAGAUAGGUCUACAUGGAAUUCUUAUUGAAUUUUAUAAUGAGAAGGGAAAUAAACGUACUGCUACUUACUUACCUAGUGUUCCUGUCGAACAAGGUUGGGACCAAAUUCAAACAAUAGAUUCAUUGCUACACAAAGGAGGAUACAGAGGUUCAGUAACACCUGACUUAAGACGUAGCUUAAAAUUAAAACGAUAUCAAUGUGAGAAAAUAACAGUCAGCUACCAAGAUUACAUAACUCACUGGAACAAUAAACGUUGUUAGCAAAAGGCCGAAAAUCGGGUUUCUAUUGCGAACUUUCCACGUUUGCCCAGCAACGGCAAUCGCUUUAACAGCAAAAACAACAUCAAUGUAAAUCGCAAUAGUUUUCAACUUCCCCACUUAAAUUCUUGUAACCACAAUUAUUUAACAGAAUAUCGACAACGUGGACGUGUGACUCAAAACAGUUAUUCACAUCAACAAAUUGUGUCACUAGUACCACCAUCAGUAGCAUUACCAGCGAUGCCGCAACAGUUGUAUCCUUUAUGGAAAUUACCCGGUCCUUAUUCAAUGAAUUUUCAUUACCCAACAAUUCAUUCAUAUAUGUUAAAUAAUACGGAUUAUUUACAGAAGAAAAAUUACACUGGCCGCAAUUACUUUUAAUUACUUUUUUUUUGUUUAUUUUGAAAUGGUGCCUAAUCUUUAUGUACUAACAUACAUUGUUCCGUAUACCUAUUAAUAAUUAAUUAUUAUCAUUAUGCUUAUUAUUAUUAUUAUUUAACAAUUAAUAUAUAUUUAACAAUCAAUAUAUAAAAAAUAUAAUUUUUGUUUCGGAAUCAUAAUUUCUUAAAAAAAAAACAAAUUUAUUUUGUUGAUUUUGAAAACGAGCGGAUAAUUAAAUUACGUAUAAAUAAAUUCAAUGAUUUAUUUAUGAAAUUUUUUUUAAUUAAAAAAAUUAAAUUUAUUUAUUAGUUAGUAAAUUCAAUCGGUUCGAGAAUUUGUUAAUUGACGUUUAAAAUUUUUUUUUCAGUUAAUUAAUUCAUAAUACAAAUUUAUAAUGUCAAGUAUUUAAUUACAUUUAUUAUUAAUCAGCAUGAUUAAAGAUUCAUUAUUAUUAUUUAUCAUUGAUCUUAUGACAUUAAAUAUGCGGUAUAUAUUUUUUUUUUGUUUCACUAAUAAAAACAAUCAAUUGGCAUGAUUUGAUGAUUUAGUUUAGACUAAUGAAUAUUUUUUACGUUAAUUAAAUAAAAUUACAUAAAUUAUGAUUGUGGUAAAUCAACUUGUAUAAAAAAUUUGAAUUAUUAAAUUAUAAAGAUAUUGGUAACAAGUUUAUUAAUUAUAUAAUAAAUUAGAGACAGUAAUGACGAUAAUGAACGUAAAGAUCUCAUUGUGAUUUUAAAUGAGUAUAUAAAAGAUUGAAUCAACACGAAUGAACUUAAAAAUAAUGACGAGAUUUUGUACUCGUUUAAUUCAUAAAUAAAUUGCAUUGAUAACUAUUUAAUAUUUAAAUAUAUAUAUUGGUGCGUAAUUCUUAUAAUUCAAUUACUAUUUUAAAACGUUCAAUUAUAUAGAUCGUCAAGUAAUGUACUAUAAUUAAAUAAUUAUCAUAGUAUAAUAUAUUAACGACACAUUUGAAAUAAUUUAGUAAUUGGCAGAUUAACGAGACUUUUUGUGAUCUUUGAGUAGUUCUUCACUGUAAAAAAAAACGGGGUAAGUCCAGGUGGUGUAGGUGUUAAAAUUAUCGGUGUUAAAUUUCAACCGCCGCCGGUGAAAAUAUUUUUUACCGGUGUUAAAAUAUUUUUUUGUGUUGAAAAUGUUUUACUUUGUUAAUAUUUUUACUUCCUUGAUCAUUACAGUUAAUUAGUAUUUUUAUUAAUUAAUUAAAUUAUUGGUGAUUGAAAUCGUGGGCGUAAAAUUAUGAAAUUUUUAAAUAAAUUACGUAUAACAUAAAUAAGUACAUAGCAAAAUUGAAAUUUCCUCCAGAUAAUAUUCAUUAAAUUUUUUUGUAUCUACUCUCUAAAAAAGAAUCAGUGGAAUUCACUUCGAAUUAGUGAAUAUUCACUGGGAACCAGCUAUAAGUAUCCCACUGGUCGAAUUAGUGGUAUACUUGUAGCUGUAGAAAUAGUGACUAUCCACUGAUUCGCAGUGAAUUUCACUAAUUAAUUUUUAGAGGGUAAUACAUUUUUUUUUUUAUGUGCCUGAAGAUCAGAAUGUUUUUAACGCAACGAAAAAAAAAAUUGGACAGUAAAAUAUCUACUGGAUGACUAGAUUUCCGAAACAUUUUGCAUAUAAAUGCUGGUAUGUUAUCCGGAAAUCUUAGGUCACCCCCAAUUUCCGGAACUGCCCAUAAGCAGUCGAAUUACAUAAAUUUUUUUAAUUUUCGUGGCGCGAAAAACGUUCUGAUCUUCAGGUAAAUUUUUUUUUCUAAUUUCUACAAGUGGAAUUUUUUUUACACCGAUUUACCUCCGGAAUUUUAACACCGCCUACACCGAAAUUGAGUCCAUUUUUAACUUUUUUUACAGUGUAUCUUUUCAUAUAUUUCCUGCUUUGAUUUAUUAACGGCUUUCUGCCCACUCAGUUUUGUUGCUGAAUUUUAUUUCACUGCCACACUAUUACAGUUGAUAUACUAAUUGUUGCUAUUGUUAAUUAUUUAAAAUCAUUAAUCAGUAGAAUACUAUGAAUAGCAAAUACAUUGUGUUUUAUCGUAACUUGUAAUCGUUACUUAUAGUUAAUUUUAUCAAGUGUUGAGAUCUCGAUUUAUGAUUUCAGAUAAGCAAUAAAUUUAAAAUAUCAAUAAAAUAAAAAGAAGCGCCCAAUUAACUGCCAAUAAUGCUUUAUAAAAUUGUUAUUUAAUUUUAAUUAGAGUAAUUGAUUGAAAAUUUUCUGUUCAAUUUGAUUUAAUUUUUUAAAAAAUGUGUCGUAAAUUUAUUAUUAUAAUCGUUAUAUAUUAGAGUAUUAAUCGCUGCCCUUUUUUUUCUAGUUCAAGUAACUUACUAACUUUCUAAGACAAUUAAUUUUUAAAAACUUAAUAAUUAACAAAUUAAUGCGCAGCGAGUAGUUCUCUUUGGUUAAUUAAUAUUUAGUAAAAAUUUUAAAGCAUAAUUUGAAUAUUAAUAUCCACUUUUUGCUUACAUACAUAUUAUUAAUUUAUUAAUUGGCGUAAUUACUCUGUUACAAACAAGUCUACUUAAAUUAAAAUUAUAUAAUUCUCUUCUGAAAAAUAUAAGUAAGUAACUUAAUUAAUACGAAAGACGGGAAGUCUACAGUUUUCGUGGCGCCACCAAAUGAUCGCGAAGUCUUGAAGAACUCGACGAAAGACUUUUUUUCAAAUAGCUGUAACUUUUUCAAAAAUGGACUAAUUUAGACGUUUUUUUUUUUCAAAAUUUUCGUCUUCAGAUGCACUUUCCGGAAAAAAAUUCAAAAAAAUUAAAAUCUAUGAAAUAUUUCAUUUUUUUAAAAACUCGCAUUUUUCUCGAAAUCCAUUUUUCUCAAAAACUAAUCGAGAUAUCGAAAGAUUUUAUUCUCUAAGAAAGUCUUACUUCGUCGAGUUCUACAAGAAUUCAUGGUCAUUUAGCGGCGCCACGGAAACCGUAGAAUCCUCCGAAAGACGAUCCUAGAAAAUGGCUCACGCUCGGGUAUUUAAUGCGAAUAUAUCUUCUAUAAAAUUAUUAUUGCAUAUGAAAAUAUUGAUAACUUAAAUUAUUGACAAUAUUUUUAUACUGAUAAAAAAAUAACAUUUAUAAAGAUAAUAUUUAUCUGAUUAUUUAAUUGUUAUAAAUAAUUUUAUCAGCUGAGAAAAAUUAAAGCUCACUAUCUAGUGAUUUAAUUAAAAUCAGUUUUCUUUUGUGAAGAAAACUUGAUUUAUUAUUCAAAAAUUAUCACAUUUAACUUCUGUAAGGAAUUUUUAGUUUCUGUGUAUAAAAAAUGUCAACUAUGGAGGUACAGUAAUUUUUUUCUUAUGAAAUAAUAAUAUUUUAUGGUAAAUAUAUUAAGAACAUUCUUGGUAUUGAUGGAAUUGUGAAGAAAUUGUUACUUGAUAUUUUAAUUAUUUAAAAUUAUCAUUAUAAUUAAUUAAUUAAAGGUUAAAUUGAACCAGAUAGAAUUGUAAUUUAUAUAAAUGUAUCAGUUAUAAAUACGCUUUUCAAUAAACAAACGAUUAAAAAUUUUAAUAAUUAAAUAAAGUCUUUAAAUAUAUUUGAUCUUAUAUAUUAUAUAUAUAUGAAAUAUAUUAACAAUUUUUUUCUAGAAAAAUAAUUAGUCCAAAAUUACAAUUAAUUAUAACGAAAUAUAUUGUGCCUAUAUGUGAGAUUUCAGUUACAAUUAAAAAAUAAAAUAAAUUGAGUGUAAACAAUUACUGUGUUAAUGGAAAAUAAAUUGAAAAAAUUUCGUACCGAUAUACAAUUUUUUAUUUAAAAAUAAUCUUUACAAAAAUUAAUCUAAGUAUGUAGUUAACUAAAUAAUAAAAACAACUUAUUUCUUCUCGUUCUCCUCACGAGCUUGCUUUGCUAAUUCCAUCAUUUUCAUUCGAAUUGUGACAACUGAUUUAGCUUCCGCGUAAGUUAUGCACCCAGCAAACAUAAAAUUAACAACUGUUAAUAUCAGAAAUUUUUCACGCAUCGGUUUUAUGAAUUUUAGCCAUAAUUUGAAUAUUUCCUGUCCGUUUGCGAAGUGUGGUAGUCUAUAACUACCAACUCUUGCUGCUAU